UUGUUUUGAAAGGAGUUAGACUCGCUUGGCACUGUCUGCUUCGUUGAACAUUGAUUUUCAAAAGGUAAGCAGGACAACCUGCAAGAAGCUGGGAAGUUCGCUUCUUCAGUUUAAGAGCGAAAACUUUUGAAGUUUUUGAAUUAGAACAGGACUUCAACACCGCAAAAUUAACAUUUGCCGCGGUCCAAGAUGGCGAAAMGAAAUGCACGGAAUAACAACGAAGGGCAAUCGUACGAUGAAGACGAUGGAGUUCUGUACGUUAACAUGAGUUAUAUCAUGUCCUGUCCGUCUGUUCUAAGGAUACUAGAAUGUAUAUUUCUUAUUGCUGCCAUGGCCUGCAUGGUUCAGUACGAGGUACACUGGGCAGGUUAUCCAGCUAAAGUCAUCUUUUUCUACGUGGUGGUUUGUGUKUCGUGGAUUUUAGUGUUUAUUUUCUAUGUUCUAAUGGUGUGCACCAUCGACAAGAGAUUCCCAAACUACGAUUGGGGUCUUUGCAUUGUGUUCACGAGCGUUGUUGCGGCAAUAUUUCUAAUGGCCUCAGCGGGUUUGAUGGCGGACGAAGCACGAAAGCAUCGAGGGCUCGAAUGGAAAGAGAUCUUUACAACGUCCAAGAAAGUUCAUUUYGAUAACUUGGUAGCUGCUGUGGUGUUAGCAUUUAUCGCUGCACUCAUAUUCAUCAUCGACGCCAUCUUUCACCUCAUCAUGUUCUACAGAGAAUGGAAACGUCGUAAAGAACAUAAAAAAUACCGCGAUAACCGCCCCAUUGCCGAGUCGGAAGCAUAAAGAACAAUACCUUCUAAGCAGGAACCCAUUUUUAGGAGCGCGCAUGUCCUAAUACAAGAGUUUCACGGCGUUUUCAUAUAGACGUGUCUAUUUUAAUUAUUUUUCGUCAUUCAUCUCUUCAGUAGUAGCCUAUGUAUUACUUAUUUAAUAAAGUGUAGAAGAAAAAUCGCUUUCACUAUCGUCCGUUAUGUUUCUUUACUAUUUUACUUUUGGUUUUCCCGCGGAUUUCCACGCGCGCGUAAUACCGGAAGUGACUGCUCAUUGGUCGAGAAAAAUCUAAAAAUAGACACGUCUUUGAAAACGCUCUGACCAAACCCAAUACACACUGACAUCAUGGACACUCCUGCUACUAACAGCACUGCGCUUUCAAAAACUGCACUCGCUUACGGUAAAAAAUGUUUAAGUCAUUUUCUUCAAUUCUUAUAUUUGUUCUCUAAGUCUAACUAAAGCUUUGGCUUAAGUAUUUUUUAACUUCUCCCCUGGAGAUCUUGAAUAAAAUCGCUUUAAUUAUUUUUUAAAUAAAACUUUUAUUACUUAACAUUUCAACUGAGGCACUGCUUUGAUAAAUGAUAUGGUCCUACAGCUACAAGAUUACCAACUCAUAAAGUGCGCGUUAAUCAUGUCUAAAGUUUUGGUCGUGAAAGCUAGGACGUUUGAGCUGCACGUCCAUAUCAAAUGCACUUAACAAACACCUAGGAACAUAGAUAGGUUUUCUAUCAAAGGUAUAGACAUAAAAUAUUUGUAAGAAUGUUUCUCUUUAAAUUAAAAUAAAAACGAAAAAAUGUUCUUUAUAUCA